AUGGCGAAGGGUAAGAAAGGUGAGAAGGGCGGCGAGCCCAGUGCGAAGAAAGGUGCGACACUGUUUAAGACACGGUGUCUACAGUGCCACACCGUCGAGGAAGGCGGUCCGCACAAAGUGGGGCCCAACUUGCACGGGGUCUUCGGGAGAACCUCGGGACAGGCCCCCGGGUACUCGUACACCGAUGCAAACAUUAAGAAGGCGGUCAAGUGGGACACGGAAAACAUGUCUGAGUACUUGGCGAACCCGAAGAAGUACAUCCCGGGCACGAAGAUGGCCUUUGGCGGGCUGAAGAAACAAAAGGAUAGGGACGACCUGAUCGCAUACAUGAAGGACGCCGCGGGCAACUCGUGA